UGUUUGUGAUGUCGAUGACCCAAAUAAAUUUGGGUGGAGAACAGUGAAAGAAGCUAAGCAUCAUACAUACAUCUCCUUUCAUUCCAAACCUCUAAUCUCCCGAAACAAUCACACUUACAAAUGCUAUAAUACCUCUUCACCAACCUCCGAGAAGUAGAGAGGCAAAGGCCGGCUCAACCUCUUCCUUCUCCCGGCCGGCCUUCUCAAUAUUAAUUAACACAACAAUGGAAGAAGAGGGGAACCGGGGCAGGAAGAUUGGCGUCCUUGUCGUGAGUUCUUUGCUCCUGGUUGCCAUGGUGGUCGCCCUUGUGAUCGGGAGCCAAGACCAGGACGAAACAAAUGAUGAGCAGCUCUUGACGGCCUCCCAGAAAGCCAUUGACACCGUGUGCCACCCUACAACCUACAAACAAACCUGCGUGGAUAGUCUGUCCAAUUCAAGAGCCGCGAAUUCCGACGACCCCAAAGAGCUUAUUCUCGCCGCGUUUAAUGUCACCAUUUAUAGCCUCCGCAAGUCGAUGGAGAAAUCGGAGCUUCUGACGAAGCUCAAGGACAACCCGAGAUCGAAAAUGGCUUUGGAGAAUUGUCAGGAGCUGGGGAGGAAAGCUAUACGUGAUCUUCGAAGGACACGGGUGAAGUUUGGGAACUUUGAUAUGACGGAUAUGGAUAGUUGGCUGGCAGAUCUUAAGAUAUGGCUCAGUGGCUCUCUUACCUAUCAGGAGACCUGCCUCACUGGCUUCCAGGAAAUCCCUGGAAAUGAUGAGAAAAAGAUGAGGAAGAUUUUGAUCAAAUCCAUGCACCUUACUAGCAAUGCCUUGGCUAUUGUCACCCAACUCUCUGAUGUUUUGAUCGGUUUUGGAGCCGAGGCCCCAGCGCCCUUAAACGAGGAUCGUCGUCUUCUCUUAACCACCAAACAAGAAAACUUCCCGGAUUGGGUGAGCUCGGGAAGGCGCAGGCUUCUUAAAACCACCAGUCUCAAAGAGAUUGAACCUGAUCUCAUUGUGGCAAAAGAUGGAUCCGGGAAUUACACCAACAUCAAUGAUGCAUUAAAGAAUAUUCCUACCAAAAGUCGCGAAACUUUUGUUUUGUACAUCAAAGAGGGCGUUUAUGAAGAGCAGGUUACCUUUUACCGUAAUCUCACUAAUCUCGUCGUGGUGGGUGACGGUCCAACCAAGACGAAGAUCACGGGAUGGUUGAAUUUCAUCGACGGGGUUUCCACGUUCCACACCGCCACCGUUGUGGUUCUUGGGGACUAUUUCAUGGCUAGGGAUAUCGGGUUCGAGAACUCGGCCGGGCCGGAAAAGCACCAGGCCGUGGCGUUGAGGGUGGGCGCCGAUAAAACCAUUUUUUACAACUGCAGAAUGGAUGGGUAUCAAGACACGGUGUACGCCCACACCUACCGCCAAUUCUACCGCAACUGUAAUAUCUCCGGCACCAUUGAUUUCAUCUUUGGCGACAGUGCGGCGGUGUUACAGAACUGCACCAUUGUGGUCCGAAAACCACUGGAGAAUCAGCAGAACAUCGUGACGGCGCAGGGGCGGAAGGACCCGCACCAGCCCACAGGGCUUGUCCUGCAGAACUGCACCAUUGUGGCAGAUCCCGAUUAUGGCCCAGUCAGGUCCACCAUCAAAUCCUACCUGGGCCGCCCCUGGAAGGAGUACUCGAGAACCAUUAUCAUGGAAUCCUUCAUCCCGGAUUUCAUUGAACCGGAGGGGUGGUUGCCAUGGAACAAAGGUUUUGCACUCAAAACCCUCUUCUACUCCGAGUUCAACAACAGAGGAGCGGGUGCUAAAAAAUCGAAGCGGGUGACUUGGCCUGGAAUCAAGGAGCUUCCUGCCAGCCAAAUCAAACGGUUCACUCCCGGAAAAUUCAUUACCGGCAAUAAAUGGAUUAAGAAGAAGAAAGAGGUUCCUUACAAUGCUGGGUUCAUUUACCCGCCACCCAAGAAGGACAAAUCCAUCAAGUACUCGGAUUUAGACGACGAUGAUUUCAAAGAUAUAGGCGCUAAAGAGAAGGAGGCUUAUGUUUCUAGUCCGCCUCCGCCUUCAAUUAGUAUCACUCCCAUUGCCUCUCCUUUAUCAAUCAUUAGUAUCACUCCCAUUGCCUCUCCAUUAUCAAUUAGUAUCACUCCCACUGCCUCUCCUUCAUCAAUUAGUAUCACUCCCAUUGCCUCUCCUUUAUCAAUUAGUAUCACUCCCACUGCCUCUCCUUUAUCGGCUCCAAGUCCAUAUUAAGCUAGCUCUCCACAACUAUUCAAGCUCACACCUUAACUUACCUUUUAGGUUAAAUUUUCUUUAGCCGAGAAUUAAAACAUUCGGCUGCUCCAGUUCCACUACACAACUUUUUAUCUUCAACACACUAACUACACUGUAUAUACUACUAUACAUUGUUCAGAGUGAUGAGAUCUGAGAUCUCUGUAGAAAUUUUGUCUCUAUUGAUAUUUGGCCAUUUUCCAAA